UAGUUUACGUUUACCCGCAAAAUCAGUUCUUCUUGUAUGUCCCACCCAACCAGACUCGCACACCAAACAAACAGUCAAAAACAUAAUAAAAUAAAAUAAAAUCCCAUUAAUUUCGAAUCUAAUCAAUCUGUUCAGACCCUCAAAACCCCCCAAAAAUUCCGUUAUUCUUACAAAUCCCCAUCUGACAAAUUCUCCACCUUUUUCGCAUAUACAGCCUAUACAUACAUAUACAAUCAUGUAUUAGUUAACUAACUUACCAAAAUUAACAAUUAAUUUAUUAGGGUUUAAUAUUUUACUUGAAAAAUGUUGGCACCAAGUCCAUCUGGCAACAUUCCAGGAACAGCACCGUUACUUUACACCGGAGAAGAUGAUCGCGGCGGCCGGAGGUCACUGCGGCGACAGAGUUUACGCGACGCAGCAAGGUUCCUCCGGCGAGCGAGUAGCCGGAGGAUGAUGAGGGAACCGUCUAUGCUUGUAAGGGAAACAGCAGCUGAACAGCUAGAAGAGAGACAAACCGAUUGGGCGUACUCGAAACCGGUUGUGAUACUGGAUUUAGUGUGGAAUUUGGCUUUUGUUAUUGUGGCUUUUGUUGUGUUGGUUUUGAGUCAGGAUGAGGUUCCGGGUGUUUGGUUGCGGGUUUGGGUUGUUGGGUAUGGGGUGCAGUGUGUGGUACAUAUGGUGUGUGUUUGGACUGAGUAUAAGAAUAGACGUAAUCAGCGGUGGAUUGGGAAUGGGGAUUCCAGGAAUGGGAGCGAAAACGGGUCUCGAGGGAGUAGCAGCCAGUAUGUUACGUUGGCAAAUUUGACCGAUAAUGAAAAUAGUGGGAUGGCAAAGUAUUUGGAAUCUGCGAAUACAAUGUUUUCAUUUGUGUGGUGGAUCCUUGGGUUCUAUUGGGUUUCAUCCGGUGGGCAAGCAUUGGCACAAGACUCCCCUAAGUUAUACUGGCUUUGUGUGAUUUUCUUGGCAUUUGAUGUAUUUUUUGUUGUUUUUUGCGUUGCGUUGGCGUGUGUUAUUGGUAUUGCGGUAUGCUGUUGUCUUCCGUGUAUAAUUGCCGUCUUGUAUGCUGUUGCUGAUCAGCAGGAAGGAGCAAGCAAAGAGGACAUUGAACUACUGCCAAAGUUCACUUUUCGACGUGAAGAUGGAGCUGGAAAAUCCAAUGACGAGAUACAAGGGCUUUGUGGAGGUCUAAUGACUGAGUGUGGCACUGAUUCACCCAUUGAGCAUGUGCUCUCAUCUGAGGAUGCUGAGUGUUGCAUAUGCCUUUCUUCCUAUGAUGAUGGAGCUGAGCUUCGAGAGCUCCCAUGUUCUCACCAUUUUCAUUGCAGCUGCAUAGACAAAUGGCUCUACAUCAAUGCCACGUGCCCCCUCUGCAAGUACAACAUCGUGAAGAACCGCAGUCAUGGCUGUGAGGAGGCCUAGUAAUUAAGACAAUCUUGUAUUGAAUGCUUUUAAUCCUUUAGAGUGAUAUCAACUUCUAUUUGCUGGGUGCCUUUUUUUUGGUUCAUAAAUUAUGAUUCAUGAAAAACUAGAAGCUUACGGAAUUAGUGGUGCAACUCAUUGAAGUUGUGCCAAACUUAUAUAUUGUAUAAAUUGAAUUGAUUUGUGUGUGCAUAGGCUGACUGUCUCAUUGUGUGAUUUCCAUAUUGAAUCAUUUAUCAUAAACGUGGGUUUUUUUUA